ACAUUCCCCCUUUUUUCUUUUUUGUUACAGACAAAACCUAAAGCCAGAAAGAAGGGGAAGGGAGGACGACGAUUAGUUUCAACUCUUGACCAUGGGUGGUGAGGGGGUAAGUGCACCAUCACUUAAGUUAUAACCCCACUUAACCCCCUACAUUCUUCUCUAAAGGGUUAUAGGUAGAGGUAUAUAUAUCUUCAGGGUUUGAGCACCUUGAGGUAUAUAUAAGUGCUUGACUCUACUAAUCCUUUGGCGGUCUCAAAUCACUUGAGCUACGUCCUCGCCAAGAUAUAUAUCAAUCAUUAUGUCUGCACCUGAUGCUGAUGGACGUCCUGCUGAAAACUCUGAGGAUGAGAAGAAAACAAAGCUUGGGUCUUUUAAGAAGGCAAUUUCGAAUUCCUUCAAUAAGGGUCGCAGGAACAGUAAGGUAAUGUCUUUCCCUAUGGAUGACAUUGAUGCAGAGGAGUUAAAGUCAGCCGAAGAAUUUCGGCAAGCACUUAUUGCUGAAGAACUGCUGCCUUCAAAACAUGAUGAUACUCAUAUGCUGCUAAGAUUUUUAAGGGCCAGGAAGUUCGACCCUGAGAAAACAAAGCAAAUGUGGUCUGAUAUGCUCCACUGGAGGAAGGAAUUUGGUUCUGACACUAUUAUGGAGGACUUCGAAUUCAAGGAAAUUGAUGAAGUCUUGAAAUAUUAUCCACAAGGGCAUCAUGGAGUUGAUAAGGAUGGACGCCCUGUCUAUAUUGAGAAACUUGGUCAAGUAGAUUCCAACAAGCUGUUGCAAGUGACAACAAUGGACAGAUAUGUGAAGUACCAUGUACGGGAGUUUGAGAGGACAUUUGUGCAUAAAUUCCCUGCCUGUUCCAUUGCGGCGAAGAAGCACAUUGAUCAGAGCACUACCAUUUUGGAUGUACAAGGAGUGGGGCUGACAAGUUUGAACAAAUCUGCAAGGGAACUCAUCCAACGCCUUCAGAAAGUUGACGGUGACAAUUAUCCUGAGACCCUGAACCGUAUGUUCAUCAUCAAUGCUGGUUCUGGAUUUAGGCUCUUAUGGAACACUGUCAAAUCUUUCCUUGACCCGAAGACCACUGCAAAAAUCAAUGUACUGGGAAACCAAUACCAAAGCAAGUUGCUUGAAAUAAUUGAAGCUAGCGAGCUGCCAGAGUUUUUGGGAGGUACUUGUACUUGUGCUGAUAAGGGUGGCUGUAUGCUUUCUGAUAAGGGCCCAUGGAAUGAUCUAGAAAUAAUGAAGAUGGUUCAGAAUUAUGGUGAGGACCGUGAGGUUGACGCCAAAUCCUCUAGCACAACUAUAUCCGGCAAUAUUGAUUCAAGCAAUAAGGAGUUGGGCAAAAAGGAUUCGGGCAAAAAGGAGUCGGGCAAAAAUGAGUCGGGUAAAACUGAGUCGGGCAAACAUGAGUCGAACAAGGAGUCGGACAAGAAGGAGUCAGACAAGAAGGAGUCGGACAAGAAGGAGGAGAAGAAGGUCGUUGAAGAAGAAAAGUUAAUCUCUGAAGAUAUGAAGGGUCCCCCAAAUCGAUCUGAUUCAGUCUGCUCGGAGGCUUUUUUGGAGGCUAAUGACAUGCAUAUGGAUCAUCUCUCUCCUGUGCCUGAAGAACUUUCAACUCCCAUGGGAGGUGAAAAAGAGGAAAAGCUUAGAGCUGCUCUUACUGCCUUGGAACAACAGCUGUCUACAACCAAGCAGAUGGUCGACAAGGCUGAGGUUGAGAAAGAACAAAAGCUGAAGGCUGCUCUUGAUCGCGUCAAUGCCUUGGAACAAGAGCUAACAGAAACCAAGAAGGCACUUGAUGAAGCCCGUGUUAAACAAGAGGAGCUUCUAGCCUCUGUUGGGAAGGAAAAGAAGUUUAGCCUAUUCUGUUGGUGAGGCUCACCAUAUAAACAUAUAUGUAGUAUGGUGGAUUAGUGGCUCAAAGUUUGAGUGGUUCUCAUCAGGAUGAAGUGGAAAUACUGUUUGGCUUUGUCUUUGGGCUACUUUCGGAUGAAAGAAUUAUCACUUGCAUAUAGAAGAAAGCUUCACGAAGCUAGACAUAGAUGUUGUACGAGGAGUACCAAAGUAGCAACAAAAACCACAAUCCAAAUAUGCCGACUCCUCACAGAAGUUGGAGCCUCCUCCUGGGUAAACUUUUAAGAUCAAGGUAUAUAGAAGUAGUUAUUAAGAAGGAAACAUGCGCCUAGGGGUUGGAAAUACUUUAUAGAGAUGAAUGGGCGAGAUGCGUGCAAAACUGAUGCAAGGGCAAGUAAUUUUCAACAGAAACUAUGGAACUGUGAGCUACUUCAGAAGUUCAGAUACAUACAAUUUGCAAAAGAUUUGGAUCUCAGUCAUAGGGUGAUUCACAUGCCGAAUGCCGAUGAGGACUCUAUAUGGCUGCAGGAGGGGAUCUAGUUUAAUUUGGUUUGCACUUGUAUGUGAUAUGGAGAACAUUGCAAGUGAUGCUUCUGCAAUUGUAACAUGUUAAGUUUAAACAGAAUUUCAGUUUUGAGAUAAAGAAAAAAAGUUAGUAUAUUAGGUGCUA